AUGUGUCCUGAUAUCAAUUCUUUGCCUGCUUCCCCAUCGCCUCAUACCCGUACUUCCUCUUCCCCGCAUCGCCAACGGGCUGUGUACGACCCCUUGCAUCUGCAGAAUUCUCCGUCGGGUUUCUCCUUUCUCAGUCUGGCCACCAUGAAUAACAAUCCCAACAGCCACUUGGGCGAUCCCAAUCAUGCCGUUGCCACUGAGCUGCCUCAUCGGCCUGCUCCGAUUUCCAGUACUCGUUCGGGAAUCUCAGGUCCGGAACGACGCCGGUCCGCCGCCGGGUCCAACUCAAUUCUGAACAGCAACAACAACAACAGCAACAGCAAUGGCAACGCUAGUGAGUCGGUGUCUGGCGAAUCCCCGCUUGCCCCUCCCGACCAUCGCUCCUCGUUGAGCCACAAUGCACUGCGCACCUCUAGUUCCUCCAGUCUCGGAGGCAGUCCAAUCAUCGCCUUGGGGGACCCGCAUCACCAGCGCGCACCCUCGUUGGGGGAACUCCAUCAGGAAUUAGAACAGGAGCAGGAAGCACAGGUGAAUCGACUGCUGCAGAUGAUCCGUAGCCAGCAGACUCAAUUGCACCAACUCCAGCAGCAGCAACAGCUCUCGCACCCAUCGUCCGGCACGGCAGUGGUCGACGACGCUGCCGUCCCCUUUCCCCCGGUUCCUCCGCACCCCGCCUCCGGUAGUCGGGCAUCGACCCAAUUAGCGUCCUCUCUGUCGAGUCGGCGCCCCUCCCGGCCCUCCAGUCAAGCCGGUUCACCCAGCCUGCGUCCCCGCGCUGAUUCGUCACGCGGCCCGGAGGGAAUGGAGUGGGUUGGGGGCAUUGGGGAGAGUCCUGUCCGGCGGGGAAGCAGGGAUGAAAGUGCCUUCUACCAGGCUGAGGCGGCUAUGCUGACCCGGGAGAAUCAGAUGCUGCGACAGCGCAUUCGCGAGUUGGAACGCCAAGUCAACGAACUCACUGUUGGUGCCCAACCGCUUGACCGUUCUGCACUCUCGCACAGCCAGGACACCGACAAUGCCGGUCUUCAGGAGCCGGCGGGACGAGGAUCGGCAAGCGACUUGUCGGACAAGACAUAA